CUGUGGUGGCCUCAGACCCCGCCUCCCAGAGCCCGGACUUCCAGACACCGCCCUCAGUUGUUGGGUCAGCCCGUUCCGGGACCCAGGACUCCUAGGACCCCUCUUUGGUCUUCUUUCCCGACAUCCCAGCCCGUGGCUUGCAACAGUCGCUCUCUGCUUUCAGAGGGAUGGCGCUGGGGAAAUGGGAGCGGGAAAGCACCCCAACUCGCCCUGUUCAGGUCUGAGAGUCAUUGGAGCUACCACAGCCACCAUGGGGCCCUGGGGAGAGCCAGAGCUCCUGGUGUGGCGCCCUGAGGCAGCGGCCUCAGAGGCUCCAGUGCCCAUGGGACUGGAGGUGAAGUUGGGGGCCCUGGUGCUGUUGCUGGUCCUCACUCUCAUCUGCAGUCUAGUGCCCGUCUGUGUGCUGCGGCGGCCAGGAGCUAACCCUGAAGCCUCAGCCUCCCGCCAAAAAGCCCUGAGCCUUGUAAGCUGCUUUGCGGGCGGUGUCUUUCUGGCCACAUGUCUCUUGGACCUGCUGCCUGACUACCUGGGUGCUAUAGAUGAGGCCCUGGCGGCCCUGCACGUGACGCUCCAGUUCCCUCUCCAAGAGUUCAUCCUGGCCAUGGGCUUCUUCCUGGUCCUGGUGAUGGAGCAGAUCACACUGGCUUACAAAGAACAGUCGGGACCACCACCUCGAGAGGAGACGAGGGCUCUGCUGGGAGCAGUGAAUGGUGGGCCACAGCACUGGCAUGAUGGACUGGGGGUCCCACAGCCAGGCGGAGCCUCAUCAGCUCCCUCAGCCCUGCGUGCCUGUGUGUUGGUCUUCUCGUUGGCCCUGCAUUCAGUGUUUGAAGGGCUGGCAGUGGGGCUGCAGCGAGACCAGACUCGGGCCAUGGAGUUGUGCCUGGCGUUGCUGCUCCAUAAGGGUAUCCUAGCAGUCAGCUUGUCCCUGCGGCUGCUGCAGAGCCACCUGCGAGCACAGGUGGUGGCUGGCUGUGGGAUCCUCUUCUCAUGCAUGACACCCCUGGGCAUUGGACUGGGUACAGCUCUGGCAGAGUCAGCUGGGCCACUGCACCAACUCGCCCAGUCUGUGCUGGAGGGCAUGGCGGCUGGCACCUUUCUCUAUAUCACCUUCCUGGAAAUCCUGCCCCAGGAGUUGGCCACUUCUGAGCAGAGAAUCCUCAAGGUCAUUCUGCUUCUAGCAGGCUUUGCCCUGCUCACUGGCCUGCUCUUUAUCCAAAUCUAGAAAGCUCCAAGGCAGGCAGGGAAGGUUGGGUAUCACGUGCCCUUGACCUUCCUCCCCCUCUCCCAGUGUGUGGGGAAAAGGAAGGAGUGGGGAAGGGAGGUAUUGAGGGCCAAAAAGUUCUCUGGGAGAUAGGCUUGGGGCCUUUGAAACUCUUUGUCCAAUGAGAGGAAAUUGGGCAGACAAGAGCCUGACCCCUAGGCCCAAGGGACAAAAGAUGGUCAAGUCACUAGAGAUAUGAUCAAGGGACAUUAGUAUUGGGGAAGGCAGUGCGUGCCAGUAUCAGGGGUCAGACACUACACAUGGGGACAAGCGGAUACUUGUAAGGCUGGCGGUGAGUACCCAACUGCUGUGGCAACAGAGGCAUAGAGAAGGCAUAGGCUGAGUUGGCAGUCCUACUGGUUCUAGCCCAUUUCAGCCCUCUUUCACUUGGAGUGGUCUCCUCCUACUUUUCUUAGCUCCUACUUUCAUAUCUAUCUUCCUCUUCCCUUCUCCCAGGGAACUAGUGCCAAAUGGCCUCUUCCUGCCAGUUUUGGUACCUCCUCUGGCUUCUCCAGUCCUGCUCACUACUCUAUUUUUAAAGUGCCAAAUAAAUCCCGUCCCUCUUUCUCAAAGCACAAGUGAAGGUGCUGAGCCCUGGCCAGCACAUCAGUGGAAGGGGUCUGCUUGCUCCUUCUUUUGGUCCCAGAUAGUGAGCUGUGGUAGAAAUGUUUGCUGAGCUGGGGUUGGGGGCAUGUUGGCAGAGUUACCAUCCCCCACUACUGUGCUGCACCCUAGGAGUACUGAACAUGCACAUGGUGCCCCAAGCCUAGAUGAUAAACACUGAGCUGCCAAAAUUUUUUUAUAUACCAGAGGAUCCCAAGGGGGAAGGGGAAGGCUCACCCCCAGGGUUAUUUUUUUGGGGGGAGGGCUAUGCAUAGGGCCAUGUUCUCUAGAAUCUAUUUUACUAACUGACCUGUUUUGGGAAAUGUUACCCAAAUAAAACAAGUUUCUAUACA